GCCCAAGUGGCGCAGGAGGUGUAUGAGCCACUCAUCGGGACACAUGCCGACGCAUUGGUGCAGCUCCAGCUUUACAUUCAGAUUGAGUUGAUGCAGCUUGCAGCCAAGAUGGAGAAGGAUUGGCGCAAUCUCAUCACUAUCUUGGUGAAGAACAGUGAAUCAUCACGCAAGUCAGCAUCUUCUUUGUCUGAAUCGAAGGAUGAUUUGUCUUUCUACACAAUCCCUGAGGACUUCCAGAUGGUACUCUUUGGAUCAGUGGGAGAGAUGCUUGGUGAGAUUGGGCGCAGCACAGCAGCGGCUUUGUCAGGGCGAGCGCCUACACCACCAGGACCAAGCAAGCCUAUCGCCUACGCUCCAGUGAAAGUCACUCACAAAGAUCAGCCAUACGGUGGGAUGGACUUGGCUGUCUUUGCCCAUGGUUUCAACACCAUGGAUGUGCCUUCUCCUUGCGCUGCUUGGAUGACACCCAUUGGCAGUGAGCGUGGAGAUCCGAUCUCCUUCAACGUCCAGUACGAUGAACAUGAACACACGUUUUCCUUUGGUGGCAAGGAGCUUGCCAUCACCUAUGGGGUUCUACGUGCUGCUUCAAUAGAGCCUGAAGCAGUUGUGCGCCGAGUGGAUGGGAAGCACUAUGCUGCCUGGUGAAAAAUGGAAGAAGACUACGCCCAAGGCCGCAGCAUCUCGCAAGCGCAAGGCGGAUGAGAUUGCUGAAGAGCCUGAAACAAUGGUAGAUUUUCCACAGCAUGUGGGAUUUGGUGCCAAAGCACUUGUGUCUUCCCGAUUCAGCGCAAAAGAGUCCGCUGAAGCAACCCCCAUGGUGCUGAGAACCCCACGGGAUGCAAGCCAUCUCGUCAAGUGAGCGUCACAGCCGGCCAAGUGUCAGCGG